AGUAGAAAGUAGUACAGUGUUUUUGGUGAUCUGUGUCGGUCGCGUGUUUCUUUCAAUUUCCUGUUCUGUUUGUCCGUUGCGCUAAUAAUUUGGCAAUUUUCAAAUUUGAGUAAUCGGUGUCUUGUACGUUGAAAAGUGUAGUUUUUAAAGUAUUCGAACUGCAUCGUUGAAUUGAGGAAAAUGGAUGCAUUUUUUGGGUUUUGCCCCUGGUAUGUUGCGGCUCAAAUUGAGUUCCUCUUAGAAGCGGCCGUAAUGGCGCAGCUGCAGAAACGUGCUCUUCAGAACCCCAUGGACAGAUAUUUGCUUGAAUUCCUCAGCCGAACCGAGCACCUGCGACUGUCGGACGUUGUAGACUACCGGAACUACGUGAUCAAGAAGGGACCGUUUAUCAACGACAGUGUGGCACCGGAUCUACCGAAGGAUGACCGGAAGGCUGCCGCAGUGCGCCAAGUUGGCAAUCGAUUGUACCUGGAGAAGGAUUACCCUGCUGCCCUCGAAAAGUACAACGAGAGCAUCUGCUGGGCCGAAGGACCAAAUUCGGAGCAUUUGGGAAUCGGUUACGCUAAUCGAUCUGCUAUCUACUUCGACAUGGGCGAGUAUGAACUGAGUCUGGCAAACAUCGACCUGGCCAAAAAGCACAACUAUCCGCAACGGUUGAUGCCGAAGCUGGACGCUCGAGAACUGAACUGUAAGCAUAAGAUUGAAGGCGGCCACUCGAAGCGAGCGAAACCAUGUGCUAAGUUGGACAUAAAUGUUGAAGUUAACCCGUUGAGACCAUUCAUGGCAGCCGGCAUUGUUCAGAAGAUGAUCCCCGGAUAUGGACGAUCCGUGGUGGCCGAGCGUAACUUCAAGCCUGGCGAUGUGAUUCUGAACGAGAAAGCUAUGCUAACUGCAAUUAGCCCGGAAGUCAAGUACAAAAACUGUAACCAUUGUUCGAUGGAAAACUUCCACAGUUUGAUCCCUUGCCCGAAGUGCGAUUCGGUCAUGUUUUGUAGCAAAGAAUGCCUGGAGAAAGGCCUCAGGUACAGUCACCGGUUCGAAUGUGGCAUCACCGAGAAACUGCAUCAUUUUUCCCAAGGAGCCAGCCGUGUUCUCUUGGGAAUUAAAGCAUUUUUCUACGGACUGACGCUGUUCAAUGACAAUCUUAAGGAUAUGAUGUCUUUUUGCAAGAGAAAUGACCGAACUGGAGCUGAUCCGUUCACAUUGGACUACUCAAACUAUGACCCUCUGGAGGAAUUUAAGAUCUUUCAUAUGACAAAGCUUCCAACAGACGAAUUCAAGCACGAAGACGCGUUCCGCUUUUACGCCUCCGUUUAUUACUCGAUCUACAUCAGACAGCCCCUGGUGCGCUCGAUGUUCACUACCAAGGCCCAGAAGGACUUCUUCCUACGGUCCAUUCUGGACUACACGCGAAUCAUGAGAUUCCUGCUAAUUGAAUUCCAUACGAACUUGACAUCCCAGUUCUUUUCGAUUGCAUCAGUAUGCAACCAUUCGUGUGACCCGAACACGGCGGUCGUGAACUACUUUGGGAAGUUGAAGCUCAUCGCCAUUCGUCCCAUCGCGAUAGACGAACAGAUACUCGUUUCCUAUGGGUUACAUUCCAGGGUGCACUCGUAUGACGAACGCCAGGUAGCGUGUCGGAAGAUAAUGCACUUCAAAUGCUUGUGUGACGCAUGUGACGAACGGAAAAUGCGACGCAUUAGGGCCGCCGCUGGGAAUCUGCCGGCGGUUCCGAAUCACCAUAUCGUAAACUUGAAGAAGGUAUACGACGAUCCCGCAAUCAACGGAGCGGACAAAUUGAACAUGAUGCGUCAGUUCAUCGGACGGUACGUAUACGCCUACCCUCGGUACGAAUACGUUACCGCAUUGGACGUGUACAGGGAAUUGCUGGACAGCACGUUCAAGGAGGAGAUGGAGGAUCAACUGCGAGCCACUGCUAGUGAAGUGGCUUAAGAAGCCGUUCGUUAUGUUGAAUUUCUUGAUCGUUUGUAGUUUUCCUUAUCGAUUCGUUACUUUUAAGGAACAUUGAUUGAUUUUACUAACUGAACUAGAAAUAUGAACGUUUGUGCUUGACUGUUUUAACAUAACUAGAAAUAAACGAUUUCACCUCA